AUGGCCGCGACGCGUCCAAGAAGCGCGUUUCCUCCCCGCCAGUUAGCAUAUAGAUACUCACGAUUCAUCCAGUCUCUCCCAGUCGUUCUGCUGCUCUGCAUCCUCCGGCUGUUCCCUUCCAGAUCACAACCUUCUAAAUCGUCAGAGAUGACUACUAACAGCACAUCUAGUCUUCUAAGCACAUUGCCCAAGGAUAUACCAGCAAGCUUCCUGAAGCAAAUCACAAAAGAUUUCUCUCCUGAGCUAGAACUUGGUAAAGGUGCAUUUGGAACAGUCUACCAGGGAAUUGCGGAGAAUGGGGAAAUGAUUGCUGUGAAGAAACUUGGGGAAAAUUGUCCUGUGGCGGACAAAACAUUCAGUAAUGAGAAGAAGGUGGUGCAGCACAAUGGAAGAUAUAUCAUUGUAGAUAUAGCUGAAAUUUUUCUCUGCUAUGAAUAUCUACCUAAGGGAAGCCUUGACAAUUAUCUAUUUGACUGCAGCCCCUCCAGCCGCCUAAACCUCCUGGGGUUCUGCCAGGCCAUGCGUCCCCUUGAGGACUGCCCCGGCUGCACCUCGUGUCCGAGGCCGACGGCUGUACUGUUGGCCCCACAUGACAACUUACUUGUAAUAAUUGGAAACUUAUGGGAUGCUUUGGCCUAA